AUGCAUAUCAAACCAGAUGAAUUUGAAAAGAAGUGGGAUUUGAUUAUUAAUGAAUUCAAUCUGGAAGAUAAAAGAUGGUUCAGUGAUAUGUUUGAAUUACGUGACAAAUGGAUACCUGCAUACUUCAGUGACACAAGAAUGUCUGGAUGGAUGAAAACCACUUCAAGAUCAGAAAGCAUGAAUUCCUUCUUCAACACUUACUCUCAAUCAGGAAAUUUACUUUUACAUUUCAUGAUGAACUAUGACACAACAAUUCAAAAACAAAGAAAUACACAACAAGAGCUUGAUCAUCAAACAAAGAAGGCGGUAUAUAAAUUUAUUUCACCACGACCAAUAGAAAAACAUGCUGCAAAAGUUUAUACAAGUACAUUGUUUUAUGAAGUACAGAAAGAAAUAUAUAAAGGUUCCUGGUACUGCCAAUACGAACAUCUUGCAACAAAAAAUGAAUGGGAGUUAUACAAAGUGGAACAACUGAACAAGAAUAGUGAUCUAAAAACAAAAUUUGAGGUAGAAAUAAAACUUCCAACAAAUAAUGUAAAAUGUACAUGUGAACACUUCAACCGCUUUGGGACUUUGUGCAGACAUGCAUUCAACAUACUCAUGAAACAUGGAAUUAAGGAGAUACCUAAACAGUACAUUGAGAAUCGUUGGAGAAAGGAUGUGAUAUCAAGGCAUUAUAAUUUUGGUAGACAUGUAUAUAAUACAAGAGACAUUGAAAUUAACAGAUCUGUCAAUCAAGCGUACUACAACUUUGAAGCAUGUUUGGAAUACAUAAGAAAAAAUAAAGAAAAAAUGGAUUUGCUUGUUAAGAAAACAGAAAGCAUGCUGAAGGAAUAUGAAAACGAUCCUACAAAUGAAUUGCAGAAAAAUAGAACAGAUGUUGAAGAUGUAGGAAAGCUUAUGGGCAUAACCAUUCCAAAAUACAUUAACAUCAAUGUUCCAAAUGUUCAAAGCAAUAAAGGAUGCGGAAAGAAAAGUAGAAUUCAAAGUGCAGCAAAAAUAAUGUAUAAAAAUUCAAACAAGAAAACAAGAAGAUGCUCAGGAUGUGGAGAAAGGGCUCCUCAUAACUUGCAGACAUGCCCAAUCAAACUUGCAGCAGAACAAUCAUCAAAAGCUACAUAG